GGGAGUGGUAGUAUACCUAUUGGUUCAGGAGCUCGGGAGAUGGCUUCAAUAUUGGAUACUGCUCUACUCCAAGCAUUGCUGCUUACUGGACAAUCUUCAGUGGCUGAAGAAUUACUGAGAGGUUAUAACUACUGUGAUUUAAAAAUAUGUGAAAAGAUACUUCAAGAAGGCAGCUAUCAUGUUGCUUUAGUAGAACUUUACAAGUGCAACUCAAUGCACCGGGAAGCUCUUGAAGUUGUUCAUAAAUUGGUGGAAGAGUUAAAGUCUAGCCAGUCAGAGAUUACACAUAGGUUCAAACCUGAGACCAUCAUUGAGUAUCUCAAGCCGCUGUGUGAAACAGACCCCAUACUUGUUCUAGAGUUCUCAAUGCUUGUUCUUGAAAGCUGCCCAAGCCAAACUAUUGAGCUCUUUCUGUCUGGAAAUAUUCCAGCAGAUAUGGUAAACUCAUAUUUGAAGCAACAUGCUCCAAGCAUGCAAUCCACGUACUUGGAGCUGAUGCUUGCAAUGAAUGAGGAUGCCAUAUCUAUAAAUUUGCAAAAUGAAAUGGUACACAUCUAUCUUUCCGAAGUACUUGAUUGGCAUGCUGAUUUAAGCUCUCAACAGAAAUGGGAUGAAAAAAUUUAUUCCCCCAAAAGGAAAAAAUUAUUGUCUGCCUUGGAGAGUAUAUCAGGAUACAAUCCGGAGGCUCUGCUGAAACGUCUUCCAUUAGAUGCUUUAUAUGAAGAGCAUGCAAUAUUGUUGGGAAAAAUGAACCAACAUGAACUAGCAUUAUCUUUAUAUGUUCAUAAGCUACAUGUUCCAGAACUGGCUUUGUCUUAUUGUGAUCGGGUGUAUGAGUCUAUGCAUAAGCCUUCUGUAAAAUCUCCCAGCAACAUAUACCUAAUGCUUCUGCAAAUCUAUUUGAAUCCACGGGGGACAACCAAGAGCUAUGAAAAGAGAAUUAAAAAUCUAUUAUCCCCCCAGAUUACAACCAUUUCAAAGGUAAGUUCAAAAACAUUAUUAAAAACUAGAAGCCGAGGAUCAAAGAAAAUUGCUUCAAUAGAGGUUGCAGAGGACACAAAAUCUAGUUUGAGUAGCACUGACAGUGGCAGGAGUGAUACUGAUGGGGAUGAAUUUACUGAGGAAGGAGGUACUUCUAUCAUGCUUGAUGAGGUCCUUGAUUUGUUGAGCCGCAGGUGGGAUAGAAUCAAUGGAGCCCAGGCCCUUAAACUUUUACCAAAAGAAACUAAACUACAGAACUUGCUUCUAUUUCUUGGACCCCUUCUGAGAAAAUCUAGUGAAAUGUUUCGUAAUUGCUCAGUGAUCAAGAGCUUGAGACAGAGUGAGAACCUUCAGGUGAAAGAUGAACUCUACGAUAAGAGAAAAGCAGUUGUGAAGAUUACCAGUGAUAACAUGUGUUCUUUAUGCAAUAAGAAAAUAGGGACUAGUGUUUUUGCAGUCUAUCCUAAUGGGAAAACUCUAGUGCACUUUGUCUGUUUCAGAGAUUCUCAAAGUAUGAAAGCUACGGUCAAAGGGUCUCCUUUGAGGAAACCAUUCUGA